CGAGACGUAAGAAAAUGCGUCAUGCCUGACAAAUUCAAGGAGAACAAGGAUGAAGUUUGGAAAACGGUUAAUUAUUUAGAUCAGGCGGAUCUAGAGGCUACAAGGUAGAGAAAACGAACCAACAAGGCAUGCGGUAUACAAAAAUUGCGGUUUGAUAUUUCUCCGAUACCACGUUUAUUUGUCUGCCAAAUUUUUCCUUGCGAAAAAUAACAUUUGGCUCCUAUUCAUGCAUUAUUUUUCAAGCAAUUCGGGCGAAUGUGUAAUCAGCACAAAAUCAUAAAUCGAAUUUUGCCUUGAAUCCACUUAGGCCAAAAAUAGUUGAAUCAUACCCACCGUGUUUAAACACACAGAUCUAAAAUUACCCUAAUUAUUGCUUAUGCGUAAGCGCACCAGCUGAUUUAUGCAUGUAUAUUUAAAGUUAAUUAUAAUAUAAUUUUGUAAUCUAAUCGCAAAAAUCAAUUACAAUGACUCGUGAGAUCCCAGAUGAGAAGCAGUUUUAUAUCUAUUUAAAUAGUAUGAUUCAGGGCCUGCUGUUAAUUGGAAUUAUUCUGCGUGUUGUUUAAUUUCGGACGAAUUUCAGAUACGUAUUACGCAAAAGUGCAUCGGAAUGCUCGAUAAACGAUCCGAAGGUCGCAAUUUGGAGCGUGUCGAUCUACCGGAAGACAAAGCUAAAUCAAGUUGGUUGGCCCCAAAAUGGCUCGCCUGGAAUAGGUUCUCAGAAGGAAUGUUAAGAACUCUGGAAAAGAAGAUCCUAUCAAUUGUGAAGGCAGCACACAGGGGAUUUUUUGUCGAUAUAGGACCAGUAGUGGGCAAUUCCGAUAAAAUAUGGACAAUUUCUUUGAACACAGAGUCGCCCAAGACGCCACUAGUGCUGCUCCACGGACUCGGAGCAGGCGUUGCUUUGUGGUGUCUUAAUUUGGAUGCCCUAGCCAGCGUGCGACCUGUCUAUGCCAUUGAUUUGUUAGGAUUUGGUAGAUCCUCUCGUCCAGACUUCAGCACUGAUGCAUUUGAAGCAGAAAGACAGCUGGUCCGUUCUAUUGAAGAAUGGCGGAAGGAGAUGAAACUGAAAGAUUUCAUUUUAUUGGGGCAUAGUCUGGGUGGAUUUUUGGCAGCUUCAUAUGCGAUUAAGCAUCCAGAGAGAGUGCGUCACUUGAUUCUAGCAGAUCCUUGGGGUUUUCCGGAAAAACCUGCAGAGCACAAAGAGGUUCCGUUGUGGAUUAAAGGCGUUGCGUAUGUCUUGAAGACUUUUAAUCCUUUAGCGGGAAUCAGGGUGGCUGGGCCUUUUGGGCCGUGGUUCAUCAACUUUGUAAGACCAGAUAUUUCCAAGAAAUAUCAAAUGGCGUUGGAGGAUCCAAACCUUAUUCCUGAGUAUAUUUACCAGUGUAAUUCACAACAACCCAGUGGAGAAAGUGCCUUUCACGCGAUGAUGUCCGACUUCGGUUGGGCGAAAGUUCCAAUAGUGAAACGAAUUGACAAGCUGGACCCAAACAUGCCUAUAACUUUGUUAUAUGGUGCCAGGUCUUGGGUGGACCAUUCCGCAGGCGAUAUUAUCAAGGAAAAAAGGACGAAUUCAUAUUUCAAACUGCAGGUUAUUUCAGGCGCGGGUCACCACAUCUACGCAGACAAACCUGAAUCCUUCAAUCAGAUGGUUAUAGAUGCAUGCGAGUACACAGAUAGUACAAACCCUGACACAACACGGAUAAUAAUCGCUCCGGAACAGGAGCAGGAUGAACCUGAAAGCGACAGAAAUAGUUAGGUUUUAUUUAUUUAGCACACAUUCAUUAGAAAGUUAUUUCAAAACUAGAUAGUAUUUGAUUUCUAAAUACUGAUUCAAGGUUAAUAGUCUCAAACGUAAUUUAAAGAUCAACAGAUCAAUUUGACGGAAUUAUAGUCGUUCACGGUUAGAUGCAAAAACUUUUUAGAUUUGAGAACUUUUCGUCAUAGUUUCGAUGUUUCCGAUUUUUUGCAAGUUUAGUAUUUUUAAUUGAUACAAUAACAGUAUUAAGUUUCAGUAGGAAAACUUAUUUUCUAAUUUUUAUCAUAUAAGCGCAGUUUACAGUAUGAUCGUCAGAUAAGGAUAACCACCAUAUUGUUACUAUAUGGUAGAAGAAAUACUUACUUUUGGCAUUUUCUUAACUUUUACUAUUGAUCACCAUAUUAAGAUGACCAACCUAAUGCUAUAUCACGUCAAAAAAAAAAAAUAUGCGAGAUAAAACGAGUUACUCUAGCCUUAUCCAUGAUACAAGACAUUUUUUCUGAUUUUUUUUUUAUUUUUCAAAUAGUCUCCUUGUAACACUACUCCCAGCGAUGCUCCCAUCUAAGUUACCUGUUCAAAUAGGCGAUAGGCGAUUUCCCGAAAACUCACAAUUGUGCUGACAAACAUUUUUAAUAGUCGUUUUCGAUGCCUUGAUUUGACCUUGAAGGCCAUACUCAAAGCCAUGGUCGUAAGAUUUCCUAUGCUUUUCAAUUCCUACGCGAAAAUAGUGGUGUUUUAUUAGAAAAUAUUUAAUUGACCUUGAAUGUUGUAGUCAAGGUCACCAUUACUUUGCCAUCUCGAAAUCUUACAACUUUUGUGUUUUCCUAUGUUUAGAAAUAUUAAUAUGGGGCGGUUAAAAUGCCACCCUCGAUCAUGACCCAAAUGCAACCUUGAUUAUGACCUCGAACUUCAGGGUCAAGCCAAAAUUUCCAAAGAAAACCUUUCAUUUUUACACCGGAAAUGGAAAAAGCAGAAAGUAUUUCGUCAAUUUCCUGCUUUUUCUAUUUCCACUACAUAUAAAUAUUAGGGGUUUCCUUUGGAAAUUUGAACUUGACCUUGAAGUCCCUUGUCAAGGUUAUUAUCAAGGCCACCUUUGUGUGAACCCCACAAAACUCACAACUGUGCUGUGAAACAUUUUUAUUAGAGCAACUUGUUUUCGAUGUUUUGAUUUGACCUUGAAGGCCAUGGCCAAAAUCAUAUUUGAACGUAAGAUUUCCUCUUUUCAAUUCCCAUGUGGAAAUGGAGGUAUUUUAUUUGAAAAUAUUUGUUUGACAUUGAAAUGACCUUGAACGUCGUAGUGAAGGUCAUUGUCAAGGUCGUCAUCAUCUUGCAACUUUUGUAUAGGUAUACUUUAAAUCGUUGCUUGUAUAUGCUUAGAGACACUAACCUUUUCAAAGUAUACGAGGGCGGUCCAAUAAGUACUCAGCCUACAAGAUAAAAAGGAAAAUUUUGUAAAUGUGGCGAUUUAUUUCUCAAUAUAGUCUCCUUUUCUGGAGGUGUGUCCCAUUGGGAGGUAAGGCUAAGCGCUUAUUGGAACUCGCUCUUAUAUAGCAAAUAGAGAAAAUGACGCUACGAUAUCUCUUUUUAUAUCGGAUAAUCUGUUAGACGCGGAAAUAUAGCAUUAGGUCGGCUAUCUACGUUAAUCAAUGCUUUUACCUUGGAGCACAUGGCAGUUUGAAAAAAAUCGUCAGUAUAAAAAUCUUUUCUGGUUUCAAAAUUAUCUUCGCUAUUUUUACUCGGCUUUUCAGCGUGAAUUAUUCGAAAUGACGUUUGGGGAUCAUGAAAAACAAAAAAUGGACAUUUUGACGGAAUGGUAGUCGAAGGUAAAAAUAUGCAUUCCAUUCUAUUAAAAAUAUUCUGAAAAAACGAGAGCAGUUAACCUUGUAAGCACAUUUUUAUCUUGCCUUUUUGUUUGCGAAAGUCGCAAUGUAUUAAACUUUUCUUAAGCGCAUCGCCCGUGGUAUUUUAUGUUGUUGAACUUAUUUUAUUUAUUCUAUGCACAUAUAUUUUAUUGUUGAACGUUUGAAGUUUUUUGUAGACUGUUCUAGUACAAAGUUGUAGAUAAACGUUUUUAUUAUCACAUUUUAUUCCGCAUUUUACGAAAACACAGGUAUAGAAGAUAAAGAAAUAUUUUGUGUACAAACACCAAAAUGCUGAUUGUUAAUUUCUUAUGUAAACGAGCUCAAAAUGUAUAUCAAAGCUGUAAGUAUCAAAAGGAAUUGGGAGUGUUUCAGUUAAGUGUGGAAAAAACUUAAACCAAUUUUUACAAUCCUUUAUUUUCUUACAUUUCUGACUACACGCUUAUUAACAAAAAUCCUUAGCAAGUCGAUGCAAUAAUAUAACGAGUCAGGUUUAAAAAAUGUUUUCUAUAUUUUGAGAUUCAGACACACUGUAUUUUAUUUACGAUUGGAAAUAUGAUAUUUAGGCUAUCAAAUAAAUCACAAAUGUGAUUUUUGAUACCAAUUGUGAAUAAAAUAAACGUUGUACUUAAGGCUCGUGGAUGUAAUACUUACAUAUUAUUCAAACUGAUGGCCUUUGGUAUGUUUUUUACAAUUGAGCCAUAGAUGUGAUAUAUGUUCUUUGGCUUAAAUAAUAAAAAGUACAAACAC